GAGAAACUCGACAAGCUCCGUCUUAUGGCACAGAGGCUUAAGGACAAAGUCCAUUUGCCUCAGGUAUCAAUUGGUAGUCGAGAAAAAGUUGACCAAAUUUUAACGAAGUACAGUCCCGCCGUAAAGGUAAACGAAAUUGCGGAGAAAUUUAAAACUGACACGAUAUCGAAGAAAGUGCAAGAAUUAGUGUCUAAAUAUGAGAAAUUUACGGGAGUUGAAGAAAUUAUGGCGUUGCAAAACACAGUCGUUGAAGCACAGGAGAGAUUUAUAUCAGCACAAGAGAGACGGCGUGACCUAGGCCGGCAGGUGGCCAACAUUGAGUCUCGACUGAAAGAGCUCCAUGCAGAAAUGCAGAACACCAUGAAGGGGGACGAGAAGUACUUGCAUCUGUGCACUGAGGAACACAAGGUUUAA